AUGUCUGCAGUGGCCUAUGCGAGUGCCAGUGGUGUUUCAAACCAAUCUAUUACUAACAAUACAGCGUUAAUUCAUCCUUAUCUAAAUUCGCCGCUUUAUGCUUCCUCAAUAACGAAUCACCAUAAUUAUUAUCCACAACAACAGCCACUACAACAUCAACCACCGUUACCAUUUUAUCCCACUCCAGCUGACUAUUCAUCAUCUACCUCUUCCGUGUCAUCAACAGCAUCAUCAAUCGAUUCACAACGAAAAUAUAAGAAAAAACAACAACAAAUUGUCGAAAAUAAACCUAAAACUUCCAUGAAACGAAAAUCAACAGGUACAUUAGAUGACGAAGAAGAUGAUGAUCUUCUCGACAAUAAUUGUUGUCUCGAUAUUCCAACACUAUCUCGUCGUUCAACAGCAAUAACUGGUGGGAUGAGCGGUGGUACGAGUAGCGGGGGUGGCGGCGGCGGAGAAGAAGAUAAAGAAAAGCAAGCGAGAGAAAACCACUGUGAAAUUGAACGGCGUCGUCGAGUUAAAAUGGCCACAUAUUUUGCUGAAUUAUGUGACAUGGUACCGUCAUGUUCAAAUUUAGCACGCAAACCAGAUAAAUUAACAAUUUUAAGAAUGGCCGCACAAUUUAUGAAGUCGUUACGUACAAAUUCACCAAGUACAAUUCAAUCACUUCAUCCUCAACAUCAUCUAAAUAAUGGACAACAACACGAUUUACAUAAACCAUCGUUUUUAAAUGAUCAAGAAUUAAAAUAUUUAAUGAUUGAAUCGUGUGAUGCAUUUUUAUUUGCAUUACAUUGUGACAAUGCACGUAUUAUUUAUGUUAGUGAUGCUAUACAAUAUAUUUUAUCGUAUACAUGUCAAGAAUGGUAUACACGUUUAUUUUAUGAUUUUAUUCAUCCAGAUGAUAUUGAAAAAGUACGAGAACAGUUAAAUUUACAACAACAAAAUGAUACAACAAAUGGAAAUUCUAGUGGUGGUGGAAGAGUAUUGGAUUUAAAAACAGGCACGGUUAAAAAAGACAUACAUUCGACUGGAGCACGAUUAGUUAGUUGCAAACGUUCAUUUAUUUGUCGUCUUCGUCUUGGUGGUAGCAAUUCAGUUGAUCCUCAUCAAGCAUCUUACGUCAUUAAUCCAUGCAUAUUACGACGACGCCAUCGUCCAUCAUUAGGACCAUCACAAGAUGGCCAUUUAUAUGAAGUUGUUCAUGUUAGUGGUUACAUAAGAAAUUUAAAUGGCGAAAGCAAUUCAACAUCGUUAUCUUCUUCUACAUCAACUGGAAAUUCUGGUUUUCCAGCCUUUGUAGCUAUUGCUCGUAUUCAAAAUUCAUGUUCACCAAAUAUAAAUGAUUUAAAUUCAACAAGUAACUGUAAUUUACAUACCGAAUUUACAUGCCGUUGUAAUCGUGAGACAGCUGAAAUAUUAUUUAUUGAUCAACGUUGUCAACAAAUAAUUGGUUAUAAACCUCAUGAAUUAUUGCACAAAUGUAUAUUUGAAUUAAUACAUCUAGAUGAUCGUUCAAAAAUACAAGAUUUAUUUAAACGAGCUAUUGCAUUAAAAAAUGUCCCAACACCCACAUCUGCGGCAACAUCAACAAUUUCAUGUCGAGUUCAAUUAUCGCCAGUUGUAAAUACGGCAGAUCCAUCAAACAGUGAUUAUAUCGUUUUAAAAUGUUCAACUUAUGCAUUUUGUAAUCCGUGUACAGAUGAAAUUGAAUUUGUUAUAUUCACUUUUACAUCAAAUAAACCGCUACUAUCCUUACCAUCCACAACAACGACUUCGGCUAUUGCUACGUCUGUAAUUGCUAAUCCAUUGAAUAUUUUAUCAAAUGGUAGUAGUAGUGAACCCCAAACACCGUAUUCAACAACAAAUUAUGAUUCAUAUUCAUCGACUAGGACUGGUCGAGGAGCAAUUGUUGUUAAUCCGACACGAUGGACGACAACAGCUACACCAUCUUCUGAUGGUUAUAAUGAUGUAACUUACAAUAAUCGUACAUACGCAAGUAACAAUGGUGGUGGAAUGUGGGCAGACACAACCAGUUGGACAAAUACAACACCCAGUGAUACAACAGAGCUUGAUAUGAUGCGUACACAUUAUGAGACACAAACAAAUGUGGGAACAAAUAACGUUGUUGUUACAUCAAAUACAUCUGACUAUGAUGUGAAUGCAUUACCAAUGAUGUAUCAGCCAUAUGAGCAAGUUUAA